AUGUAUGACGGAGAUACUGGGAAUGGGUGCAGGAUCCCUAGCGGUCUCGAUCUUGAAACUGUUUGUCGGAACAUCAAAUCAGCCCUCCGAGAGGAAGGUUAUCUCGGUAACGUGUCAAUCACUGCUUAUGGUACCAAGGACCAUGUCGGGGACAACAUUCUCCCCGACGGAUUCACCUUGAAACCUCAUGGGGAGGACAUGGAUUGUUACAGUCUUCCUCUGACGUUUUUCUCAGAACAUGAGGAUUACAAUGCUCUUGUAGCACUUCCACAGACACCAUCACGCGAGCUUACUCGUACUGUGGCGGCAGUGUGGCGUUGGGGAAGGCUAUCCACCGGAGAAAAGCCAUUCUACAGCAUUAACAAUAUCUGGACUAGGUUUGAAGCAAGAUGCCCAACCCCUGAAGACCUUGUUGGAGUCCGUUGGCACCCUCGUACGGCUGCUGCUCCUGCUUGUGGCGAAACCUCACAAGUUUCUCAGUCUUCGGUUCUGCCUAGUAGAAGGCAAAAGCAACGUGAAAGGCAACGCCGUGCCAAACUUCAACAUGAUUGCCUUUCCCAAUGA